AUGACCUUUAUCGCGAUUAAUGCGAAUCCUCUAGACAUAGAGCGCCUGCCUUCACUAGGGCAGCCGUUUGAGGCGAUCUUGUGGAUCAUCAUUGUGUUGUGCUGCUUUGGUGGCUUCAUCUGGCAGUUCGUUACACUUUUCACCAACUAUCUCGCUUAUAGAGUCAAUACCGAGACGGAGCUACAAUUCUCGGAUCGUGAAUUUGCCACGGUCACGUUGUGUCAUCUGAAUGCAUGGAAGAAGGACGAGAGUGGUGCAGCCAUCCCCAAGAUGAGAGAACUGAUAGAUGCAUAUCAAUCGGGCGCCGCUUACGCCGACUACGGUUUCAGCAAUCGUUUUGAUGGUAAGCGUCAACAAAGUGCAACUAAAUUCACAGCUCUGAUGAGCGAGAUUCUCUACUCGUCCAGUAAACUACCG